CAAAAGAUGGCUCUUCAAACUCCCCAGCAGAGAAAGGCGAACCAGAAGUUUGCAAAGAAGAACGAAAAGCGGGCUGGCAAGCCUAAACAGUUGCAGAAGAAAAAACAACUCCCGUUGUCGACGGGUUGGAUUGUUCUGCUUGUUUUCUUGCUUGUUGGUGGCGGUGUCCUUGAGGUGUUGAGAAUCUUCUUUUGAGAAGGGGGGUUAUCUGUGAAUAGAGGCGAAAUAGGCACCGCAGGUGGAUGUGACUGCGAGCAGUUGUCUGGAUCUUGUCAGGGUGGCUCGCUCCUGACUAUCGUUGGCGUGUGAAAAAACAUGUGCAAGGGUGUCGAUAUAAAAAGUGGAGUAGAGAAAUAAAUAAUUAUCACCAUGUCCCUGUCCUUUGUUCGUCGCGUGCACCGUUUUCCCUUUAAGAGCGACAUUUCUAUCACCCGGCGGGGCGAGGUGCGGAUUCUCCAGGGCUCGGGCGGCCGCUCGUCCAGAACAGGCUUCACGGCAACCGUUUUUGGAGCAACAGGGUUUUUGGGCCGGCUCCUUGUUUCAAAACUGGCCAAACACGGCACAAUCCUGGUGUGCCCGUUCCGCAACGAGAUGGCAAAAAGACAGCUCAAGCCAAUGGGAGACCUGGGAGUUGUCAAUUACAUAGAAUGCGACAUCAGGAACCUGCGGUCGCUGGAGGAGAGCGUUUGUCGCUCAGAUAUAGUGUUCAACCUGAUUGGGUCGGACCAGAACACCAAGAACUUCUCGAUGGAGGACGCGAACGUGGAGGCCAUCAGACGCAUUGCGGAGCUCUGCACUGCGUAUGAGGUUCCACGAUUGAUUCACGUUUCGAGCUACAACGCGGACCCGAACUCCAAGUCUCAGUUUUUUGCUACCAAGGGCCAAUCGGAGAUCGCUGCCAGAGAGGCGUUUCCAGACGUGACGAUUGUGCGUCCUGGACCGAUGUACGGCCGGAACUCGGCGUUUUUGAACGACCUUCUUCCCCUGCAGGGAUUUGGAGAAAACAUCAAGUACAGAAGCACUGUGUAUCCUGCGCACGGGUUGCAAGUUGCAGCUGCUCUGGAGAAAAUUGGCUUUGACGACUCCACAACGGGAAAAGUGUACGAGUUGCACGGCAACGAGCCGUAUUCAAGAGCAGAGCUUAGGGAAAUGCUGAACUAUAUCCGCCAUCUUGGCAUGUAUGGCUACUUCCCGGCAGCAGCAGGCUACUCAAUUCCUACACCAGAGAUCGUGUACAAAGCGUGGUGCUGGCUCAACGAGAAACUGAACUCUAACCUAACAGCCAUCAAUUACGACUAUUAUGUUAGAUCCGACAUGAACCACCAGCUGGACCCUAACGCUCUCAAAUUCGAGGACCUUGACAUGGUUCCUGACGAGCUGGCAGAUUUCCUAUACAAGUACGUCAAGCCACACAUCCUGGCGUCUUCACAGUCGCUAAACAGGACGGUGUACGACCGGGACGAGAUCCUCAAGCUGCGGGCGUUUGUCAACACACCAAAGGACAACUUCGACCUGCUCAACAUGAAGGAUUAACUUUAUUUGUUUAUUUAUUCCAGCGAUGAUUAAGAAAACCGAGAUCUUCGUCCUCUGAACUUAGCCCGUCGAUCCCCUCUUCUGCGUUGUUGUGAGUUGGCGUUUUUUUGGUGGAACGGUUGGGUUGACGUAGAGACUCCUGAAACUUGCGCAGUUUCUCUAGCGUGGGGUCUGUGUGGCUGGUUGGAGCAUCUACAGCAGAGUCCUGUAAACGCUCUUGCGCAUUCCCUGCUGGCAAUACAGUCUCUGGCACCGUUGUAGUCGUUUUGGUCACAGGUUUGUCCUUCUCCUCCCUCUCCUUCUUUUGCGCACGCUUCACUUUUUUAAUCGGCCGCAUUCGUAUCUGGACGUCUGUUGCGUCCUCCUCUUCGUCCUCGUCAAAACUCAAUAACACCUGUUUUCGAGCAGUUUUCACCUCCGUAUUAUGGAUCGCUUCCUGUUUUUCCUCCUGGAUGUUCCACACAUUUUCAAGAAUCUCGCCGCCAAUUCCCUUCACCGCGUACUGCAGAACACCAUCCUCGUCUUUCACUGUACCCGAUCCAGCUAGGUUGCGCAGCCAGUAUACGGCGUCGCCUCUCACCUUGCCAAGGAUGGUCCAGUCGGCCAGCUCGUCUCCUACCUGUGUGGUGAGCGUGAUGGCAUAUCUUCCCGGCUUUGUGGUGUCUGCAGCCACCAUGUAAGGCUUUGAAAACCGGAUUCGCGAAUUGCUCUCUUUCGGAAUGAUCUGGCCGCCCGAGGCUGUCAACUCUAUGUAUUUCUCGGUGACCCUCGUGAUGGUCAUCUGGUCGCCGUGCAUGACAUGCUCGGCAAACGUGCGUGUACCAUUGGGUAUCUGUUUGGCAAAUAGAGCCACCUCCAUUGGCCCCCUGAUCGACCUCCAUCGAACAGCUCCCGAUGUGGCAGGC